AUGCAACAGCCCGAGACUUCCGCGGCCCUGGCCAGGAUACUUGCCAAUUUUGCGAAACACUACUCCAAUCUUGAGGCCGAUUCAUUCCCGAGCUCUGCGAUAGCUAACGGAAUCAAAAAUAACCAAAUCACACUACCUGGCGACGACACUGUGGAGAAGCGCACCCUCGAACGAGAGUUGAACGGCUUAGCUCUGCGCAUACAAUUUCUAGAGGCGAAAGCUGCUACCGGUCCGCAUUCACUUCCCGUGACUCCCAACGAGCCACUUUCCUCCGCAUUUUCUGGCGAACAAACGAGCUCCACGCGACCUGCGGGCCUGAGCGCGCGAACCCGCUCAGCAUCCCUCGUUAACAGCCUUCUGUCGAAGCAUGAUGGCGAGGCCAGUGCCCGAACGCUCACGGUUGAGCAAUUCAAUGUGCUCAGAGAACACAUCGAUCAGCAAGCGCAGAAGAUCGAGAGUCAGCAAGAGAUCAUUGGUCAGAUCAGCACCAACUUAUCCCAGCAAGAGACAGCAACACGUGCGGCAUUGGACAACCUAGGAAACUCGGGUUCGAUAGAACAGCUGAAGAGGGAGAUUGAGAAGUUCAAACAAAUAAACCACACGUACCAGAAAGUAUUGCGCGAAAUUGGGACAAUCAUCACUGCUGUGGCAAAUGGCGAUUUGAGCAAGAAGGUUUUGAUCCAUGAGCAAGAGAAAGAUCCUGAGAUUGCAAAAUUUAAGCACACAAUCAACAAAAUGGUGGAUCAAUUGCAGGAGUUUGCUAGUCAGGUGACGCUGCUUGCGAAGGAGGUCGGUACGGAAGGUCGUCUAGGUGGUCAAGCCAAAGUGCCCGGUGUAGCUGGUAUCUGGGCUGAUCUGACUGGAAAUGUCAACAGCAUGGCAAAGAAUUUGACCGACCAGGUCAGAGAGAUUGCCAACGUCACAACCGCAGUCGCCCAAGGUGAUCUCAGUCGCAAGAUCGAACGGCCUGCAAAGGGAGAAAUCCUGCAGCUACAACAGACAAUCAACGCAAUGGUGGACCAAUUGCGCACAUUUGCGACAGAGGUGACGAAAGUCGCUCGUGACGUCGGUACCGAAGGUGUUCUUGGUGGUCAGGCUCAAAUCGAGGGCGUUCAGGGCAUGUGGAACGAUCUCACUGUUAACGUGAACGCCAUGGCAAACAAUCUCACAGCACAAGUGCGUGAUAUCGCAGAAGUCACCACUGCUGUGGCAAAGGGUGAUCUCACGCAGCAAGUCCGAGCACAAUGCAAGGGCGAAAUUUUGACGCUAAAGGACACCAUCAACUCCAUGGUGCAGCAAUUGAGACAAUUCGCUCACGAGGUCACCAAAAUUGCCCGCGAAGUCGGUACCGAAGGUCGUCUCGGAGGCCAGGCUACUGUGCAUGGCGUCGAAGGCACUUGGAAAGACUUGACUGAAAACGUCAACGGCAUGGCCAUGAAUUUGACCACUCACGUGCGAGAAAUCGCUGCAGUGACAACUGCUGUGGCUCAAGGAGAUUUGAGCAAGAAGGUUGAGGUCGAGGUUCAAGGCGAAAUUCUCGAGCUGAAGAACACAAUCAAUUCAAUGGUUGAUCGCCUGAGUACCUUUGCCUUCGAAGUCAGCAAAGUGGCAAGGGAAGUCGGAACUGAAGGUACCUUAGGAGGCCAAGCUGAGGUCGCCAAUGUCGAAGGCAAAUGGAAGGACUUGACGGACAACGUAAAUACCAUGGCCAAUAACUUGACCAGUCAGGUUCGCAACAUUUCCAGUGUCACACAAGCAAUCGCGCGAGGUGACCUGCGCAAGAAGAUCGAAGUUCAUGCUCAGGGCGAGAUUCAAACACUUAAAGACACCAUUAACGACAUGGUGACGCGACUCGAUGGCUGGUCCAUGAGUGUGCAACGUGUUGCUCGUGAUGUCGGUGUCGACGGAAAGAUGGGUGGACAGGCCGAGGACCAAAAUAUCGAUGGUCGUUGGAAAGACAUUACGCGUGAUGUCAACACAAUGGCUCAGAACUUGACGUCCCAGGUGCGCGCCUUUGCCGACAUUAGCAAUGCGGCCAUGAAGGGCGACUUUACCAAGAUGAUCAACGUCGAAGCUUCUGGCGAAAUGAAUGAGUUGAAGAACCGAAUCAACCGAAUGGUCGUUAAUCUGCGCGAGAGUAUCCAGAAGAACAACCAAGCCAGAGAAGCAGCAGAAUUUGCGAACAAGACGAAAUCGGAAUUCCUUGCAAACAUGUCGCAUGAGAUUCGAACGCCGAUGAACGGUAUCAUCGGCAUGACUCAGCUGACCUUGGACACUGAGUUGGAAGCCAACCAGCGCGACAACCUGAACAUUGUCUUCUCCCUUGCCAACAGUCUGUUGACUAUUAUCGACGACAUCCUUGAUAUCUCCAAGAUUGAAGCCAAUCGGAUGAUUCUGGAAGAAGUUCCAUUUUCCCUGCGAAGCAAUGUUUUCAACUGCUUGAAAUCAUUGGCAGUCCGCGCAAAUGAGAGGGACAUUAACUUGGUCUAUGAUGUCGACAGUUCUGUGGCAGACUACCUUGUCGGUGACUCCUUCCGUCUCCGACAAGUCAUCCUCAACCUCGCCGGAAACGCCAUCAAAUUCACCGAACAUGGUGAGGUGCGCGUCAAGAUCGCGGCGGAUGAAUCGGUGCCCUGCGCAGACGGCGAAGUUGUGGUCAAGUUCUCCAUUUGCGAUACCGGUAUCGGUAUCAAGAAGGACAAAGUUGAUCUGAUCUUCGACACUUUUCAGCAGGCUGAUGGCUCGAUGACACGGAAGUUUGGUGGUACCGGCCUUGGUCUUUCCAUCUCGCGCCGACUUGUCACGCUGAUGGGCGGUACGAUGUGGGUGGAGUCCGACUUUGGCGUCGGUAGCGAGUUCUACUUCACCAUCAAGGCGCGCCUUGGAAAUCCGGAUCUCGUCGAGAUUAUGCCUCAACUGCGACAAUAUCAAAAACGAAGCGUAUUGUUCAUUCACGAAGGACGAACCGCAUGGGAGGCCGAAACCGCGGAAUGUGUCAAGGCGCUCGAUCUCGUACCACAUGUUAUCGACAAACGCAGCCAUCCAGCUUUCGAGCUUGGCCCGUCAAUGGCCUGCGAUUGCGUGAUCGUGGAUAAUCCGGAAACGGCCAUGCAACUGCGGAGUCACGAGCAGUCGAAGUACACACCAAUUGUGAUGCUCGCGCCCGAGAUCUCCGUCAGCUUCAAGACUGCCUUGGAAAAUGGUAUCGCAAGCUACAUGACGACGCCUUGUUUACCCGUCGACCUCGCCAAUGCCCUCAUUCCGGCUAUGGAAGGCCGAGCGGCACCCACAUCUGCAGACAAAUCAAGGACGUUCGAGAUUCUGCUCGCAGAAGACAACGCCGUCAACCAGAAGCUGGCCGUGAAGAUUCUCAUGCGUCACAACCACAACGUGACUGUGGCCAACAAUGGUCUCGAAGCCUUCGAGGCGAUCAAACGUCGCAAGUUCGACGUCGUCCUCAUGGACGUGCAGAUGCCCGUCAUGGGCGGGUUCGAGGCCACCGCCAACAUCCGCGAGUACGAAAAGUCCAAUGAGCUCAUCCGCACGCCCAUCAUCGCCUUGACGGCCCACGCCAUGCUCGGAGACCGAGAAAAGUGCAUCCAAGCGCAGAUGGACGAGUACCUCUCCAAACCCCUCAAACCGAACCAGCUCAUCCAGACGAUCCUGAAGUGCGCCACCUUGGGAGGGGCAUUACUUGAGCGCAAGAGCGAUGGCCGCAGCGGUCUGAUCUCGUCGGCAGACUCCGUCACGGGCAACCCAGAGGGCGGACUGGCACCACCCGCCUCUGCCUUUCCCAUCAGGCCCGGAUUGUACGAUCGAGGCUUCACGGACAAUGGCACAUCAGGCCUAGCGAGUCCGGCUAUCUUCACGGCCGACUCGACUGAUCCGAUGGAGAGGGUGGGUCUGAUUUGUAACUCCCCAUCGUGUUUCUCAACAUGA